AUGCGUCCGCCAAGGCAGUUUCAAUGGCUCCUUGUUUUGUGCUUGGCCAUCGCCACCCAUGCGUCUUCUGUUGAAGAUGCUCCCCAAUGCGCUCAACUAUGCAUCCAGGGAACAAUAAGUCGAUCAGAUUGUGUCUCGUCAAGUUUGACGUGCCUUUGCAAUGAUGGGAAUCUGAUGAAGUCAGUAGCAGACUGCGUGGUCAGCAGCUGUUUACCUAUAGAUGCGUUGGCUACACAGAAUCUCACAUGGACAGCAUGUGGAUUUCCUGUAGAGGAUGAUUUUGAGACAACCAAAAUACCCCGGCUUCUUUUGUUUUUAUUGCUAGCCACUCCAUCCAUAAUAUUUCGGGUGAUCGUGAAGCUUUCCCGUAUCUCUAGCUGGGGUGCGGAUGAUGCAUUCAUUUUGAUAGCCUACUUUGUUUUAGUUGCUCUUGUUCCGAUAAAUGUGUAUAUUGGACACAAUGGGACCGGAAAGGACAUGUGGACCCUCACGCCCGAACAAAUCACCAAUUACUACAGGGGCUUUUACAUCGUCCAAAUAUUCUACCAUUGCUCUGUGUUCUUGAUUAAAGCUUCCAUUAUCUUCACGUUUAUUCGAAUCUUCACAGGCGAAAAGAUCCGCGCCAUCUUGGUGGGGACACAAGUUUUCAACCUGAUGUUGGGAAUAUCUUUCACUCUUGUGGGAAUAUUUCAGUGUCGUCCCAUCAGCCUCUCGUGGACACUUUGGCGCCGUGACCCUAACAGGCAGGGGAGCUGCUUAAAUAUAGUUCUCGUCGGCACAAUCCACGGAGCCAUUCAAGUAGCUCUAGAUAUCUGGAUGCUGGUUUUACCAGGAACCCAGGUCAUGGGAUUAAACAUGCAGAAGCGGAAGAAGUUUGCUGUUUUGUUCCUGUUCAGUCUGGGACUUUUUUCCGAUUUAAACCCCAUUAAUUACGCCCCCAAACUGACGCAGUAUCUAGUUGAUACUUUACCCAUUGUCAUUUGGUCAGAUAUCGAGUUGUGCGCAGGCGUCUUCACAGCCUGUAUACCAACCACGCGGCAGUUUUUCUGCAAAUUCGUCUUCAGGAAAGCUGGAAAGGUGACAAGCUUUUUGUCCUCCGAAAAAACGGAAGGGGAUAGAACUGGCAGCACCCACAAAUCACCCGUCCACGCUAGCACGAAUACCGUAGACGAAGAAAAGUAG